UUCUGCCCUAAAGCUGGUCAUUGAAGCAUUGAUACUCCAUAUUUUUAACCAUUUCCAUUGCUUUCGGCUUUCAGUGCAGUACAGACGCAACGAGGAAGACUCCAAGUUUUAUCCUGAGGCUCUAAGUCCACCGUAACACGUUGCUUUAUGCCGCCCCAGCUCACCAAUCAUUUAAAAUUACUCACUCCACAACUGACCAUCAAAACGAGCCCAUUACAUACUUGGCAGUACUUAAAACACUCCUGGAAUUGAAUUUUGUCCGUAAGAUUUUAAUACUUUAACAUUUUGUCUAGAGAUUUAAUAAUAUUAUAUAUUGACUAUUGGGAUUCUUAGCUUCGUACUAACCUACGCUAUAGUGAAUGUAUAAUCAUGGCUGGUUCUGCUGAUUUGUUGACAUCUCCUGGUACAUACAAUGCUGCUCCUGCUUUUGCCGAUAAAGCAAUGACUUUGUUGGAUUUCAAUCAAAAAUUAGACAUUGCAUUGUUGGAUUCUGUCGUAGCCUGUUUCUACUCUAGCACUGGAGCAGAACAACAGAUUGCUGGUAGGAUACUCCAUGAAUUCAAGGAACAUGCUGAUGCGUGGACGCGUGUUGAUGCUAUCCUAGAAUUUUCGCAAGAUCAACAAACAAAAUACUUUGCUCUUCAAAUCCUUGAAUCACUCAUAAAGACAAGAUGGAAGAUACUUCCGAGACAACAAUGUGAAGGUAUUAAGAAGUACAUCGUUGGCCUCAUUAUUAAGUAUUCAUCUGAUGCUGAUACACUAUUGGAACAAAAGGUUUACCUUUCAAAGCUUAACAUCAUCCUUGUCCAGAUCGUUAAACAUGAGUGGCCUCGAAAUUGGCCCACAUUUAUUAGUGAUAUUGUUGGCUCUAGUAAAACUAACAAGUCUCUCUGUCAGAACAACAUGUCCAUCUUAAAACUCCUCAGUGAGGAAGUGUUUGAUUUCAGUAGUGGUCAGAUGACGCAAGUUAAAGCGAAGCAUCUCAAAGACAGCAUGUGUGGAGAGUUUUCACAGAUAUUCCAGCUAUGCUCUUUCGUUAUGGAUAAUUCUCAGAGUCCUUCUCUUAUCAGCGAAACGUUGGAGACGCUCUUAAAGUUCUUGACAUGGAUCCCAUUAGGCUACGUAUUUGAGACCAAACUGAUAUCAACACUCAUAUACAAGUUUCUCAAUGUGCCAGCUUUCAGGAAUGUAACACUGAAAUGUCUAACAGAGAUAGCUGGUAUACAGGCUGAAGAGCAGUACAGUGAACAAUAUAUCGUUAUGUUCUCUCUUGUUAUGACUCAACUCAAACAAAUGCUCCCCCUCUCCACUAACAUCAGAGAGGCAUAUAAGAAAGGAUUAGACUCUGAGCAGUUCUUUAUACAGAACCUGGCUUUAUUCAUAUGCACAUUUCUCAAGGAGCACCAGCAACUAAUAGAAUCAAAGGCUGAAAUGCAAAAUACACUCCUUGAGGCUCUACAUUACCUGGUUCUCAUUUCUGUUGUCGAGGAAAAGGAGAUAUUUAAGAUUUGUCUCGAAUAUUGGAAUCAUUUUGCCGCCGGGCUUUACCGUGAGAAUCCUUUCUCUGCCUCUCACUCUCCCCUUCUUAUAUCAACCUCGUCUCCUCCUCAUCACAGGCGACAAGUCUUUCAUCCGGUCCUCUCCAAGGUCCGGCUUGUGAUGAUAAGUCGCAUGGCUAAACCAGAAGAAGUGAUAGUGGUUGAGAAUGACCAGGGGGAGGUUGUACGGGAGACAAUGAAAGACACUGACGCGAUCAACAUGUACAAGACAAUGAGGGAAACACUAGUUUAUCUAACUCAUUUGGAUUACUCUGAUACAGAGCAGCUCAUGACUGAUAAGCUAUACAGACAGGCCAAUGGCUCAGAAUGGUCAUGGAAGAAUCUAAACACAUUAUGCUGGGCCAUUGGAUCCAUUAGUGGCGCGAUGCAUGAAGAAGAUGAGAAGAGAUUCUUGGUGACUGUCAUCAAGGAGCUCCUCAGCAUGUGUGAACAAAAGAAGGGAAAGGACAACAAGGCCAUUGUUGCUUCUAACAUAAUGUACAUAGUAGGACAGUAUCCUCGCUUCUUAAGAGCCCAUUGGAAAUUCCUUAAAACCGUUGUCAACAAGCUGUUUGAAUUUAUGCAUGAGACACACGAAGGAGUGCAAGACAUGGCUUGUGAUACUUUCAUCAAAAUAGCUCAGAAAUGCAGAAGACACUUUGUGCAGCUCCAACCUCAAGAAGUGAUGCCAUUCAUUGAAGAGAUACUGAACAACAUAAGAGCAAUAAUAUGUGACCUUGAGCCACAUCAGGUCCACACCUUUUAUGAAGCUGUUGGAUACAUGAUAUCAGCACAAACAGAUGAUGUUGCUAGAGAGAGACUGAUAGAGAAGUAUAUGGCACUGCCUAAUGAACUGUGGGACAGUAUCAUACAAAGAGCAACUUCUGAUCUCACAGUCUUACAGAAUCCUGAUUGUAUAAAGCAGUUGGGUCAUGUACUUAAAAUUAAUGUUAGAGCAUGUUCUGCUGUGGGACAUCCGUUUGUCAUUCAGUUGGCAAGAAUAUAUCUUGAUCUCCUUAAUGUGUACAAGUGUCUCAGUGAGAACAUAUCCAAUGCAGUCAUGACAGGAGGUGAGCAUGUAACAAAGCAACCGUUGAUUGCUGGCAUGAGAACAAUUAAAAAAGAAACACUCAAAUUCCUUUCCUGCUGGGUCUCAAAAUGUCACGAUACCAUCAUGGUCAGAGAACACUUUCUUCCUCCGUUACUGGACGCCAUUUUAAUUGACUAUAAUAAAAAUGUCCCGCAAGCUCGUGAGCCAGAAGUACUGAGUACAGUUACUUGUAUAGUCGAGAAACUGCAAGAACAAGCUAUUACUGAUGUCCCCACUAUUAUGGAGGCAUUGUUUGAAUGCACACUGGAAAUGCUGAAUAAAGAUAUGGAGGAGUUCCCUGAACACAGGCUACACUUCUUCUGCAUGCUGCAGUGCUUUACACAGCAUUGCUUUCCAUCUCUUUUACAGAUACCCUCACCUAUGUUCAAGCUAUACGUUGAUUCUGUCAUUUGGGCAUUAAAGCACACAAUGAGAAAUGUGGCAGAGAUUGGUCUCAACAUACUCUAUUCUCUCCUUCAAAAGUUCUCCACCUCAGAACAAGCUCCAGUUUUCUUCAAGACUUAUUUCUUGGACUUGAUGCAACACGUUCUAGCAGUAGUUACUGAUACCUCACACACAGCAAGUCUAACAAUGCAUGCUACUAUUCUCGCUUACAUGUUUCAAUUGGUUGAAGAAGAUAAGAUCCCAGUACUGCUAUUUGAUCCUGAUGCUAUAAAGGCUGUUACCAAUGCCUUCUUCCUUCAAGAAUAUGUUGCUACACUCAUUAAGCAAGCAUUUGGACAUCUCUCAGAUGCCCAGAUCAAGGUAUUUAUUGAAGGAUUAUUUUAUUUGAAUAAAAACAUACCCAGCUUCAAAGAACAUCUCAGAGAUUUUCUUGUACAAAUUAAGGAGUACACUGGUGAAGAUGCCUCUGACCUUUAUCUUGAAGAAAGAGAGAGACAACUUCUGGAGGAGCAGACUAAGAAACGUCAAUUACUGCUGGACGUACCCGGAAUGAUUAACCCACACGACAGACCAGAUGAGAUGCAGGAAUGACACCACUCACCACCUCAUUCACUCAUCAUUCUGCACACAUUUAAUACACAGAUGCUCUACUCACUUCCCUUCAGUUUGCUUCCUUUAUAAACUCUUCCUCUGUAAUGAGACCUUUACAUUAUUAUAUGCUCCUCUAUCUACUAUAUAGACUGAGAGAAUCAUUGAUAUUACUUUCCUCUUUAUAGCAA